AGGUUUUACCUCUGGUUUUAUUGAAUUUUAAUCAAAUUAAAUUACGUUCAGAAGUGUAUUGUCAUAGUGGUUGCGAGAAGGCGAAACGAAAUGGAAAAUUCAACUUCAAUAAAGUUGGAAGAAACCACUGCGAUAAAGGUUGAAGAGUUGAUCGUAACCGAUGUGUUAGAUGUAAAGGAUGAACCAAUCAAAAUUAACGGUUACUCCUGUGAAACUAUACCGACGACGACCUCUGGAGAUGGCACUCCAUUUGUGCAACAAGCACUUGAUGCAGCGGCUCCUGAUGCAACAGCUGGUGAAGACCUUAAAGCUGAUAGUUUCAGCAACUCGCGCGCUUUGGAAGCGGAUCCUCCCACUGGCAGCGGUAGUCAACCGAAACACACUUGCGGCAUCUGUGGUGCCUCAUACAGGUCACAGGCCGGUUUACGUCAGCAUAAGAAAAUCCACACAUCCACAUCCGCUGAGCUAAAACCCUACAAAUGUGACCAGUGUAGCUCUCGAUUCAUUCAUAAACGUAGUCUCUAUUUUCACAAAAAGGAACACAGCUCGGAGUGUUCGUAUAAAUGCGACCUGUGCGAUGCCUCCUUUAGGACGCCCCGUGACUUGCAGAAACACCGGAAAGACCACAUACCUGACGACCGAAAAUACACUUGUGAUAUCUGUGACCGAAAAUUCGCCACCAACUAUGCCCUCACGUGUCAUCUGAGAAUUCACACCGGAGAGCGACCGUUCGAGUGUGACGUAUGCCACAAAACUUUCAUCGACGGCAGAAGAGUUAAGAAUCAUAAAAUACAAAACCACACGCAGGAAAUGAACUUUGAAUGUGCAGAAUGUGGCAAAAAAUUUUACCUAAAAGCACAAUUAAGAGUGCAUUUGAAAAUACAUAACCCCAACAGAAAAUUACAUAUUUGUGACAUCUGUGGCGCAUCAUACAAAACACGUUCUGGUUUACACACUCACAGGGCAAUCCACACAUCCACAACCGUUGAAUCAAAAUCUUACGAGUGUGACCAGUGUAGUGCUCGAUUCAGCCAUAAGCGUAGUCUCAAUCCUCACAAAAAGGCACACUGUUCUGGAAUGCAGAUGCAAAGCUCAGAAUUGGCGCACACGUGCGAGAUUUGCGGAACAGGCUUUCUAUCCCGAUCCAAACUCGCCGAUCAUAUGUGGACUCACCGUUCGAAGGGGUGCGACAUCUGUGGUGUAUCGUUUAAAUCGCGGAGCGGUUUCCUUAAGCACCAGACAAUUCACUCGGUCAAUCCGUUCAAAUGUGACUCAUGCAGUAAAACUUUCCCAUCAAGUCGAACACUGAACUAUCACUGUAUCGUAACACAUACGUCGGAAAAGAAUUUCAGAUGUAUUGUUUGCGGUAAAGAGUACCAGAUGAUGAAGCAGUUGGAGACGCACCUGAAGCUGCACAGCUCGGAGCUGGCGCACAACUGCGAGAUUUGCGGGAAGGGCUGUCGAUCCCGAUCCCAACUCGCCGAACAUAUGCUGGUUCACAGCUCGGAGCGUUCGUUUAAAUGCGAUAUCUGCGGCAAUGGAUAUAAGAAGAAAAAUAGUCUUGAGUCGCAUAUGAAAAAUCACACCACAACGCAACCUCUCGGGUGUGACGUAUGUGGUAAAAUGUAUAAGACAACGAAAACACUUCAGGAGCAUAAAAUUAUAUGUUUAACAAGGGGGAAAAAAUUGUUCGAGUGCGACAUCUGCGGUUUGGCGUAUUCAUGGCAGCGUACUUUAGCAAGCCACAAGAAGAUUCACUCGGUCGUGUGA